UGUCAUACAUACGCAUAUAUCAUAUUUAUAUUCUGUCAUCAACCCAGCUUACUGACAUUCUUUCUAAUUAUAUACACCUACCGUAUACAUAUGUGAUGUACAUACAUUGAUAAAUUCUUGCACUCACACACACACACACAUACACAUGUAUAUAUAAAUGACCAUUUUUGAAACGCACCAUGUUGAUGAACUAUCUGCAAAGGAUUACCACAAUACCGAAAUACAACGUUGAUAUUUCUAGAACCAACCAUCCUUAUACAUGGAUACACUUAAAGAUGAUGGAACUUUCCUACCGUUUCCAGAUAAAACCAGUGCGUAACUAAUGCACGAAUGGACCCUUGGAAUGCAGCUGAGUUCGAUCCUACGCACAAUGAAAGGACUAACAUAGUCCUUCCGACAACAUAUGCAAGAUCCGAAUGGAAUUAUAUUAUAUUUAAAAAAAAAAAAAAGAAUAUAGCAUCUUUUCAUUUUCCGCUCAUGGUAUCGUUUUAAAAUUAUUAUUAUUAUUAUUCUUAGACACUAUGUCGAUAUAAACAAGCUAUGAAUUUCGAUUCGUGAGUCAUUGAUUAACCAACGAAUUCUCUACCCUGUGUUUAUAUGUUUUCGCAUAUAACUUGCAGAUCUGUUGCUAACGAUUAAUCGACAAAGCUUACAAAAUGUGUUUCCUUUGUUGUGCGUUCUUUUCUUGCCCGCAAGGCUGUUGUUUCCACAAAUAUCGAUCCCCAAAUCAAGUGAUUACCUAAUCUACCUACAAAGUUAUUGAUUGUAUUUAAACGCAGUUAUAUAUAAUUUACGUACUUUUAUGCCUGAUGUGCAAAACUUUCUGCAUGUAAUUUCUUUGUAUUACACCCUUUUCUACAUAUUAGACUUUUUUUUUUCGACAAUUCACUAUUCAUCCAGGAUUUCUCAAAACUAUUCUUUCUUUGAAUUAGUUUAUUUGAACCCCACCCGAAAAGGUUCACAGUUUUGUUAGCAUGAAGAUUCUCCUUAUGUGAUUUAUAUGACGACAUAUGAAACUUCGAAGAUAUAACCGUUUUUGUCUUUGGCUAGAAUUUCUACCACGUUUGAAGCAGCUGUCAUCAUUGUGAAAGAAAUAUCUGCAACUAAAGUAUGUGAAAGUCGUAAAUAUUAAUGUGAUCCUUUUAUUCAAGACUGAAUCCACUUAGUCUACACCUAAAACAAUGUAAUUUGAUCGGGUUUUACAGAUUAUUUAAUACUCCACAGAGCACUUUGAAGUAUUGAGCUCCUUAAAAUGUGACUUGAAACAAUAAACGGACUACCUAAAACUGAAAAGAAAAGUCUAGAAUUCGAGGAAAUUAAUGAUAGCCUAUAUCAGCUAAAAAGAAAAAGAAAUACUUCUCAAAUCUUCAAAGAGGAGCUCGGCUCGAAAUAUCAAAAUUCGUUUCUCUUUACGACGCAUGUAUAUGUCUUCGGUUAAGCAAUAUACCAAAAGAAUUUUUUGAAGUUAUGUAUGCGCAUAAACAUAUAGUGUUAAUUUAUACCUAACUUUCACUACUGUAAUUUCUUCGUUCGUAUGAUGCUCACAAAACAUUUUAUUGUUUUAUUUGAAAUAUAUUUAAAAUUUUAUAACAAUAUUUGAAAAGAGUUUCAGUCCUUGAUAGCGUUAUGGAUUUCAUUAACGCAACUACAAACCUAACCAACAAAAACUACCAAAUGGUCAACUUGUCAUAUCAUAAUUUUAUAUUCUUAACGGUAAAUCUGCUACUGGCACCAUUCAUAAUUGGAGGAAACUUCGUGGUUAUCAGAUGCAUCGCCACAUUUUCUCGUCUACACACCGUCUCCAACAUAUUUGUGUCCAGUCUGGCUGUAGCUGAUCUUCUUGUCGGACUUCUUGUGAUUCCAUUCUAUUCGAUGCAUUAUUUGGAACUGGAAGGUUUCGCUGAAAGCAAAUACACAUGUCUUUUUAAAUACGUUUUUAUCAUAGCCUCUUGCGGAUCGUCCAUAUUCAAUCUUUCCGCCAUAGCAUUUGAGCGUUUCGUAGCAGUUACUUAUCCAUUUCGUUAUGCCACUUUGAUCACGCACAAAACGGCCAAAGUAAUGAUUGCUCUUUUGUGGAUAUACGUCUCCGUCCUCAGCUUAACUCCUCUGUUCGGUUUGAAUACCUGGCGACCGGACGUCCACUGCGAUUUUUAUCAAGUACUUCCAAGAGCCUACAUCGUAUGGGCUUCUUUUACGACGGUUUCCUUUGGCAUAGUGUCCAUCACUUUGUUCUACAUCCUAACCUACAGAGAAAUACGUAAGAUGCCUCCACCGCCAAUGAUUCAAUCGAAAGAAGCUAUAUCUCAAAAGAAAAACAUACGAGCUACUUACGUGAUGUGCGUGGUGUCGGUGACCUUUCUGGUCUUCUGGUUGCCUUAUCUUAUCGCUGGACCACUCGUAUAUAUACCAUCUCUUAACAAACACAGCAUUGAGCUGAUCAAAAACUAUGCCCUUUCUUUGGGUAUCAGUAACUCUGUUAUUAAUCCAUUUUUAUACGGCUGUUUACGGAGAGACUUCGCCGAAGUUUUCAGGAAGUACUUCUCUCUGCCGUGUCUGAAACGAAAACGCAGAAGCGUGGGUCCAGGUUCAAACGGAUCGACUGAAAACAGUUUUCCCUUAUCUGAAUACUAGUUAAAUCUACGACAAACUGGAUAACAAUUCCACGAAAGUUCACAGAUAUAGCGAUAUAUGUUUUAAAGGCACACGCAGAACACAACUCUGAAUUUAUACACAAAACCACCAUGUUUCACAACAAUUCAGUAAACAUACACCAGGCACGCGACACACUCUAUAAAAAUUUGAACGGAGAAAAAUAACACAACCCGUCAGUGUAUUGUCAUACUCUUCCUAAAGAAUACUACUAUUAUAAUUAUAAUUAUUAUCAUUGUUGUUGUUAUUCCUAUUAUUUUUUCUUUUGAAUCAGUUAGACGUAUGUUCGAUUGCUAGUCGAAUUACACGCUAAACUGAGCGGAUUUUUUCUUAUGCGAACUGUGUUCCAAAAGAGGUAGGGGUUCUUUUGUAUUUCAUUUCUUGUUAUUUUUUCCGUUAAAAAAAAAAAGAAAAAAAAAAGAAAAAAAAAAGAGACUAAUACGCGAAACAAACUUUUUUGUUAUCAGUCAUUUAAAACAUAGUAACUUAAGCAAAGUACUUCCUCAAUAUUGCAACAGGAAAUGCAAGGAAAACAAAACAUUUUGUUAAAAAUAUAACAGACAUUUCUAAUUUUGAAAAUGCAGAAAAAGAAAUGCAAUUUUCAGACAGAUAUUUUAACACAAAUUUUCAUACGAUGACACACACAAGAGCAGUGUUAACAAGAAAGUCUAACAGUGAAAGCAACUGCUCGUUACUUAGUAAUAAAAAAUAAAAAAAUUUAAAUAUGAGUCGACUGACGGAAAAGAGAACAGUGUAGAACUUUUAUUCAAGAAAAAGAAAAACUAAAUUAUCUAUGAUUCGUAAACGUGAGAGGGGUUUUCAUUGCUCGCUAAAGAACAUCCGAAAAUAAUCAUGAUCGAUGUAUGGAAAAUAUGGUUUGCAUCGAUGGGGAUAUGAGUGUGUGUUUGCCUUUCAAUGAGGGUCGGUGAAUAGAAUAAGCAGCUUCCAUUGUAUUACUAUGACUUGAAGCGUGCCUAUGUCUAUCCUCAGAGGUAAUAAAUCAAUGCCUUAAAAGACAUAGUCAUAUAAUCACUUCAUUUAUACCAAUUACAAAUGAGAUAAUAGACACAUUCCUUAAUUGUCAUAAAGUUUUUUUCUACUUGAUUAAACAACUAAGACGGAGUAAUUAACUCAA